UCUACCAUACGAAAUGUCAGAUGGAGUGAGUCACUUGCCCUAAACAUGCUGGUGGGAUACAUGCAGCUGUAUCCAAUGUGUUGUAAUGGUGACUCAGUCCAGCUGUGGGCAAAUUGUGAUUCUGUAUUGCACUGUGUGUGUGUGACCUGGCACAGGAAAAAGACAUCCUGCAGCUGAUAAAAAGGGGCUCUCAGCUUUGGAUUCCUGUGACAAGUGCAGAGGGGAACGAGGCAAACUGGAGUUAAGAAGUGAAUACAGGGAGGAGCAGUGACAGAGCAAAGUUAGUGCCAUGACAACAGAGAGAAUAGUACUUCUGCUAGUGCUGCCGCUCUCCUUGGUGCUCCUACUACCCUGCCAUGCCCAGCUGCAAGAUGAUACGUCAACCCAAGAUGUAUGUAAAAAAUGCCAUACCAAUGCCACCUGUCUUAGAAAAAAUAAUACGUAUUCCUGUAUCUGUAACUAUGGAUUAAUUGGAAAUGGAAGGACCCAUUGUCUGGAUAAAGAUGAGUGCCAGAUUGGUUCCCACAAGAUCUGUGGGGAUCAGACAGCAUGUCAUAAUACACAUGGAAGCUUCUUCUGUGUCUGCCUGGAUGGAUAUCGGCCGUCCAACAACCAUAGGCACUUUAUACCCAACGAUGGCACGUUCUGCACCGAUAUUGAUGAAUGCGAGUCGGCAGAUAUUUGUGGAUAUAAGGGAAAAUGCAAAAACACCCCAGGGAAUUACGAGUGCUAUUGCAUGGAGGGCUAUCAACUAAAAAGUGGAACAGAACCUUUCCAGGCCUAUGGUGACAUUGCUUGUGUAGAUAUUGAUGAGUGUGAAGCAGAAGACAUUUGUGGACCUAAUGCGCAGUGUAAAAAUGUCCUGGGAAGCCAUGAGUGUUACUGCAUGGAGGGAUAUAAGCUGAACAAUGGCAUGGAACCUUUUCAAGCAACUGGUCACAUAAAUGUAUGCUCAGUUGUUGAUUGUGGACUACCACCUGCUCUUCCACAUACUCAAAUGGAUCUAGAAGGCAAUACUACCUUUGGAAGUCGAGUGACAUACAGGUGUGAUCCAGGAUUCACUGCUAAUGCGGGACACGACAUUUCCAUCUGCACUUCUCAUGGAACAUGGAAAGGAGACAGUCUUGUUUGCACAGUUAUAGAUUGUGGUCUACCACCAAUCCUGCCCAAUAUGCUAAUAAACUCCUCAAACAACACCACCUUUGGAAGCAAUGUGACAUACAGAUGUAUGAAGGGAUAUGGGGCAGUUAGUGGGAAUGGCGUUGCAAGAUGUACACAAAAUGGAAAGUGGGAGGCAGCUAAUUUGUCUUGUCAAGUUGUGGAUUGUGGCCAACCACCGUCCAUUCAGCAUGCAUCAUCAAGAUUCGCAAGAAACACUACUUUGGGAAACAACAUAACAUAUGAAUGCAUGUCUGGCUAUGUCAAGCAGAGCGGGAAUGGAAUUACUGUAUGUAAUGAAGAUGGAAAAUGGGAUGGAGUUGACCUUAUAUGCAAAGAAAUAAACUGUGGGCAGCCAACUUCAGUUUCCAAUGCGCAGAUGAUUUUGAGUGGAUCCACAAACCUUGGAAGUAAAGUGGAAUAUGAAUGUCUACGAGGUUUCUACAACUCUGGUGGUAGAAGUAUUUCAAGAUGCACUGAAAAUGGAAAAUGGGAAGAUGUAAAUAUCACAUGUAAAGUAAACGAAACCUUAAUUGGGAACAUGACCAUUUUCAAUGAAACAUGUCUACAAUGGAGAAAAAGUUCUGAAAUAAUAGACUGGGAGAUCUUAUAUAAGUUCACCAUUCUUGGAAAAGGAUGGGACCAGGAACAUUUUGCUCACGAAAGAGAUUUUGAGUUCAUCACAAACAACAGUUUUCGAUGUUUGGAUCUUCUUCCUGGAAGGAACUACAUGGUGAUAAUGAGAGCCGUGUUCCUGGAGAUGCAGGAAAUACCAAUAAAUAUAACGUUGGAAACAGCUAUGAUGAUGAGAUUUGGUGAAAUUACACUAUUCAAUACAACAUGUCUUCAGUGGGCAAAGAGUUCUGGAAAAACUGAAGUACUGGAGGAAUACACAGUCCUGAUCAAAGGGCACGCUUGGAAUCCCCAAAAAAUAUUUCUGAACAUACUGUUUAAUUUCAGUACAAGCAGUAGGAAUCCAGUGCUAUGUCUAUUGCUGCCAUCAGAGGAAGAAUAUAUUAUUAAUGUUACUGAAUCAUCCACAGAACUCUCCGCAUCUGUUCCUCUCAACACGUCAGGGCAUGCCAAUAGCAAUGAAGAUAUCAGUGGCACAGCUCCUUUGGAUGAAACUUGUUUGCGAUGGUACAGAAUUAUAGAUGAUAAUGGUAUGCAAGAGAUUUACAGAACAUUAACUGCUGAACGAAACAACACUUUACGCCCUGACAGCUAUCAUAUGCCGAAUACUAUUAAAGGCAUUCCGAAGGGCCAGUUCCUGAGGGUGAGACGUAUAUCCUCCAGUGAUGAACGCUACCUGAGUAGUGCGAAUAAACUGAUUAAUAAAUUUGUGGAAAAGGGUUAUGACUAUAACUCAUUGUGUAUAAUAAGAGAUGAGGUCCUAAAACGAGACAGAACAAGUCUUCUAAGGAAGACAAAGGACACAUUGGUUGUUGAUCAAAGAAUUCCAUUUGUGAGCCAAUUUGGACCACUCAGUAAAAAACUUGAAAAAUUAAUUUCGCAACAUUGGUCCAUUUUACAAAGGGAUCCUGUGGUAGGCAAACACUGUAAAGCGGUCCCAUUAUUUUCCUAUAAGAGAGGGAGAAACUUGGCAGACAAGCUGGUAAAGACUGAUAUCUAUGGGACUGAGAAUAAAACAAGAUUUUUAAGCACUCCUAAGUUUGGCACGUUCCCCUGCCUGGGCUGUGGGUGCUGUAGUUCCAUAAUCAAGGGUGACAGUAUAACGCACCCAUUGAAGGGUUACAAGAUCCCAUAAAAGCUUAUCAUACUUGUAAUACUGAUUUUGUGAUUUAUGCCCUUAAAUGCCCCUGUGGGAAAAUGUACAUUGGGCAAACAUCGAGACAAAUAAAAAUUAGGAUCAGGGAACAUAAGUAUUCUAUUUCCAAUUUUGAUCCAGAGAACAAAAAAACUCAUACACCAGUCGGCAAACAUUUUUAUUUGCAUAAGCACAAUUCUGCAACAUUAAGGUGGCUGGUUUUAGAGAAAGUUCAGUUACCCCAAAGAGGGGGAGAUAGGAAACGCCUACUAUUACAAACUGAGGCAAGAUGGAUAGAUAGAAUGAAUACAGUUGAACCAAGGGGAAUGAACGAAGCUAUGAGCUAUAAAUGCUGUGCAGUUAAUGUCUGCAAAUAAAGAAAUGAUCUUUUAAACUAAAGAAACAAGUGCUCUCCGGCUACCUCUUUUUGUAUUAGUAACCUUGGCACUCCAGCACGGGGAUUGCAGCGCGUAGAGAAGCACACCCAUACGGAUGGAUACAUAAAGGACCCUUUUUAAAGUUAAAAUAUACUUUCAGCCUAGACAUCAGAACCACAGUCAUAGCAAAACAGAAGUUUAGGGUUAAAUA